AUGGCAUCAUCAUCACCUGAAGAUACUACAGACCAACGCAAUGCGGUGGCUAUUCCAAACGAAGAGGGCAAGUGGUCUAGAAAACUCAAAAAGCACUUUAAAGAGACCUUUGGUACUAUCUUUGUCAAACCUGUGGGUCGACCACCCAACCUAUGGAAGCAGCUCACUAUGCUAAACACUCGUCAACGGUUGACAUUCCUUGCUGCUUUCUUGGGAUGGCUUUGUGAUGCAUACGAUUUCUUUUGUGUGUCGUUGUCGGCUACCUAUAUUGCCGAAGACUUUGGCGUGCAGGUUUCUGAUGUGACAUCUGCCAUUACCACAACACUUAUGCUUCGAUCCAUCGGUGCCUUGCUUUUUGGUUUGGCUGCCGACAAGUGGGGACGUAAAUGGUUGCUGAUUAUCGAUAUUGUGCUGUUCUCUGUCAUCAAUUUGGCGAGUGGUUUUGCUCCGAAUUUGGCUACCUUCAUUGGAUUGCGAGCCGUCUUUGGUAUAGCAAUGGGAGGAGAAUGGGGAUUGGGUGCUAGUUUGGCACUGGAGACCCUGCCUAUUGAAGCACGUGGUUUGUAUUCAGGCAUCUAUCAAGAAGGGUAUGCUUGUGGCUAUCUUUUGGCUACGCUCGUCAACUAUGCAGUUCAAAUCACGGGUUCUUCAUGGCGUAUCCUCUUUUGGGCCGGCAGUGCUUUCAGCUUGGUUGGUGUCUUUAUCCGUUUUUGGGUCCCAGAAUCCGAUACCUUUGAAAAAACCAAGGAAGCACGCAAGGUGAUGAAUCGCUCAUUCUUCAAGGAUAUCUGGUACAUGAUCAAGAACCAUUACCUCAGAGUCAUUUACAUGGUCAUCCUAUUGGCGUUCUUCAACUUCUUCAGCCAUGGAUCGCAGGAUCUUUAUCCCACUUUCCUUAUCAAGCAACUUGGCUACACCACGACUCAGCAAACCGUUACCAGCGUAAUCUACAACAUUGGAGCCAUUGUGGGUGGUACAUUGAUAGGAUUUUAUUCGAGCUACUUUGGUCGUAAGCUAUGUAUCAUCAUCAGCUGCAUUGGUGCUGGUGCAUUUAUUCCGCUUUGGGUGUAUGGCCCCAACAUUCAGGGUGUACAAGCCGGAUCAUUCAUGCUGCAAUUCUUUGUCCAGGGAGGAUGGGGUGUUAUUCCCGCUCAUAUCAACGAAUUGUCUCCGCCAGCUUUCAGAGCAUUGAUGCCAGGUCUUGCCUAUCAACUUGGUAAUUUGAUCAGCGCUGCAAGCAGUCAAAUCCAAGCAACAAUUGGUGAAAGAUACCCCAUGCGCAAUCCAGAUGGCAGUCUUUUGUUACGUGAUGGUGAACCUGUACCCGAUUAUGCAUAUACACAGGCCAUUUUCCUCGCUUGCGUCUGUGCUGGUUUAUUGAUAUGUGCUAUCGUGGGCAAGGAAGAACGUAAUAAGGACUUCAUGGCCAACCUUGUUGAAGAUGAGCAUGGUAAUGCCCUUGGUAGCGAUGACGUCGAGGUAUAUCGCCAGGAGCAUGGUGAAUCAUCAGGCGCACGAACACCUGUUAUUGAGGAAAAAAUCAAGCCAUCAACAAGUGACAAUGACAUUCAAGUGGAGAAGGCGCAUGUAGAACAUGCUGAACACCACGACAAGCAGCACACUGAAGAUAAGCAGUAA